UUUUUUUCUUUGAAAAUAAUGGAUAAUUUGCUUUCAAAUCCUUCAACAAUUAUUGAUGCAACAAAUUCAAUUAGUGGACAACAGGGAAGGACAUUUUCUGAGCUGAUUGGUUCAAAUCCAUUAUUUACUGGAGGUGCUGGAUUAGUUGGUGUUGGUAUAAUUCUUUCAUAUUUUCGAAGAUUAUCUUUAAUUGGCAAAGAAUUGUUGAAAAGAAAAUUUAUUUCAAGAUUGGAAUUGGAUAAUACUGACAUAGCCUUUCAAUGGGUUUUGGAUUAUAUAAACAAAAACAGCAAAAGACGUACAAGUAUUUUAACAGUCAAUACUUCCCAAUUAUCUGAUGAUUCUGGACGUUUAAAAACAAGUUUUAUGUUUACACCUGGAAGAGGAACACAUUAUUUAUUUUUUAAAAAUCGUUGGGUACAAGUUAAUAGGGAAAGACAAAACCAAACGAUAAAAAAAGAUGGAAUGACUAGAACAGCAUUAGAAGUUGUUUCUUUAACUACUUUUGACCGUCGAUCAUUUUGAUAUGGACGGACCUCACUCUGUAUUAUAGACACAAGACAAGACUGGAUAACCUAUAGCCGUUAGUAGAGGGAAUUAUUUAAACGUUACCUACGCAUAUCGAGGGUUUGUGGACUGAAGCUUCCUCCUCGAAAUGUGGCAAAGGGAAGAGGUGAAGGAUGAUCUAAAAAGUGAAAGUUUUUUCGGCUAUGACCGUUCAAGUCCAAAAAAUUGUCGGCUGCGGCACUGAAUACAAUUUC